CAACAGCCAUCAAUUACCGCUUUGCAAUCGAAGUGUUAAUAGAAAUCUUCUAAAAAAAUUAUGGCUGCCAAGGCUCUCAUCACACUGCUGGCUGUGCUCUGCUGUGCUCAAGCAGUCUUCAGCGUACGCGUCAUCUCCCGUGCCGAAUGGGGUGGUCGUCAGCCUAGGACUCGUGUUUGGUUGAACAACUACUUGAGUUAUGCCGUUAUUCAUCACACCGCCGGCGCUUACUGCUCCACCCAAGCCUCCUGCGCCCAACAGAUGCGUAACAUUCAGAGCUAUCACAUGGACUCUUUGGGAUGGCCCGAUAUUGGUUACAACUUCUUGAUCGGUGGUGAUGGUCAAGUGUAUGAGGGUCGUGGCUGGAACUCGAUGGGUGCUCAUGCUUCCAACUGGAACGGUAUCUCCAUUGGGAUAUCCUUCAUGGGCAACUACAACAACGAUCGUCCAACUGCUGGUCAAAUCGCUGCCGCCAAGGGUAUUCUCGCUGAUGCCGUCGCUCGUGGUCAAAUCGGUUCUGGUUACAUUCUAUACGGUCAUCGUCAAGUUGGCGCCACCGAGUGCCCUGGUAACAACUUGUUCGCCGAAAUCCGUUCAUGGCCACACUUCCGCGGUUAAGUCGCUUAUGUGAUGUUAUAAAAAUAUUAUUUUGAUGAAAUAAAUGUAUAUAAAUAAUUAAAUUCA